AUGUACACCUACACUCCUACUCACCGUUUCCUCGUCCUCUCUGCUGCCGAAUCGGUGCCUUUCAACCCUGCCAACAAGUUCCUUGUCUUGUCACCAAUUGAGUCUGGCCCAGACCCUCGUGCCUUUGAAGAAGAGGCCGUGUCUGAUUUGGCCCCCGCGGACCAGAGCCCUACCGUGGCUCCCAAGUCGCACCGGUCUGACAGCACCUCAUCUACAUCGACUGUGGACUCCGAGAAGGGCUUCCUCUUCCUUGGCCACACUCCUCGACGAUUCUCUCAGUGA